UGACACAGAUACCAAGUCCUAGUCUGAGCUGCCGUUACGUUCAGGAGAAACAGCAGUGUCUGCGGCUCCCACUCUCAGAGGGGACCUAGGGUAUUGGGGGAGAUGGUGUCAGGGACAUGGACUCCAAACCCCAAGGGUCUCUGCUGCCGGCUCCUCUUCUCUCCAGGCUCUGCUUCUGUUCAUAUGGUCCAUAUCUCUUAGGGGACCGUGAGAGCCUAGGGAAAGACCCUGAACAGCCAUCUCUCCGGGAAGAUUAUAACUCAGAGCGAUUCUCAGGGGGAAGAAUUUGAAGCAAAACCAGGAAGAAUAGGAAUCUGAGAGAUACUAGACUAGCGCUAACUCUGCAUGGCCUGGAGCAUCCUUCAUCCUUGCCGUGGGCAGUUGACCUCAUGGGGCCUCCAGUCUCCUAUCGCCAACCCUUUUUCAGCAUGUCUCCUUUGGGAAGGAGCCCCGGGGGGAAAUUGGCUGGUAUCAGAGCAUCAGUGAGUGUGGUGAAGCACUUAGACUUGCCAGUGGGAAUUUCCCAAUGCUGGGGACAUCCAACCUUUGCACACUGGAGGUUUUCUGUGCACAGUCUGCAUUUCUUUCCCCUUGACCCCGCAGGAUCCCCGCUGCGGCCGCCAUGGCGCAGGAGAACGCCGCUUUCUCUCCCGGGUCGGAGGAGCCGCCGCGCCGCCGCGGUCGCCAGCGUUACGUGGAGAAGGAUGGUCGCUGCAACGUGCAGCAGGGCAACGUCCGCGAGACCUACCGCUACCUGACCGACCUGUUCACCACGCUGGUGGACCUGCAGUGGCGCCUCAGCCUGCUCUUCUUCGUGCUCGCCUACGCGCUCACCUGGCUCUUCUUCGGCGCCAUCUGGUGGCUCAUCGCCUACGGCCGCGGCGACCUGGAGCACCUGGAGGACACCGCGUGGACCCCGUGCGUCAACAACCUCAACGGCUUCGUGGCCGCCUUCCUCUUCUCCAUCGAGACGGAAACCACCAUCGGCUAUGGACACCGCGUCAUCACCGACCAGUGCCCCGAGGGCAUCGUGCUGCUGCUGCUGCAGGCCAUCCUGGGCUCCAUGGUGAACGCUUUCAUGGUGGGCUGCAUGUUCGUCAAGAUCUCGCAGCCCAACAAGCGCGCCGCCACUCUCGUCUUCUCCUCGCACGCCGUGGUGUCUCUGCGCGACGGGCGCCUCUGCCUCAUGUUUCGCGUGGGCGACCUGCGAUCCUCGCACAUCGUCGAGGCCUCCAUCCGCGCCAAGCUCAUCCGCUCGCGCCAGACGCUCGAGGGCGAGUUCAUCCCUCUGCACCAGACCGACCUCAGCGUGGGCUUCGACACGGGGGACGACCGCCUCUUCCUCGUCUCACCUCUCGUCAUCAGCCACGAGAUCGAUGCCGCCAGCCCCUUCUGGGAGGCAUCGCGCCGCGCCCUCGAGAGGGACGACUUCGAGAUCGUAGUCAUUCUUGAGGGCAUGGUGGAGGCCACGGGAAUGACCUGCCAAGCUCGAAGCUCGUACCUGGUAGAUGAAGUGUUGUGGGGUCACCGAUUCACAUCCGUGCUCACCCUGGAGGAUGGUUUCUACGAGGUGGACUACGCCAGCUUCCACGAAACCUUUGAGGUGCCCACGCCCUCGUGCAGUGCUCGGGAACUGGCAGAAGCCGCAGCCCGCCUCGAUGCCCAUCUCUACUGGUCUAUCCCCAGCAGGCUGGAUGAGAAGGUGGAGGAAGAAGGGGCUGGGGAGGGCGCAGGUGCGGGAGAUGGAGCCGACAAGGAGCAAAAUGGCUGCCUGCCUCCCCCAGAGAGUGAAUCCAAGGUGUGACUGGUUUUCUCCAACCCCCUGUGGCAGACCAGGGGGCCAGACACAGGUACUUGGAAGCUGCAGAGUGGAGAUGGAAGAAGAGGAGGCAGGCAGUGUCCCAAGGAAUGGCUAAAGUUGGGAGAGGCCGGCUGAGUCCAGGAUCCAGUAGGGAAGGACGAGGUCCUGGUUUUGAAGAGAAGAAGAGGGUUGGGGGUGAGAGAACCCAUCAGUCUGUCUGUGUUUGACCUUCACCUCUGUUCAUAGGUGGAUGGAUGGACAGGAGGAUGGGCUCAUGGGGGAUGACUGGAAAAGUGGGGCAGAUAGAGACAGCCAGUGGAGAGCUUGGAUGGUAAAUGGAUCGGCAAUUGGUGAACAUCCCCUGCAGCACACCUUUGUGGAAAAUCUACGGGCACCCUUUUCUUCCAGAUGAUAUAGGUAGCCUCAAACCAGGGCUCAGGGAGCAGACUUGAUUGUCAGGUGGACUGCAGUCCUCACUCACCUCCUGAACUGGCCUCCCUACGUGUGACACGCCUGCCUAACUAGACAAAGUGGCCACAGAGAAGAAGGUGGAGGUGGGCACAGAUGUGGGUGCCCUCCCCAGUUUCACUGUCCCACGGUGAUAAGUCAGAAAGGUACCAAAGGCCCUAAUCCUCGGGUUACAGGUGAACAAGCAAUGGGGGUAGAUGCUGUGCAGGGGCCCUGGAGCAGAGCCUGGGGGGACCCAAGGACAACUGUUUUGCGAGAGAGGAAUGAAACCUCACAGGUACUGCCACCGAAGCAAGAAGGCAGAAAGAGAGACUCUUGAGGCAGAAGAAAGGCCAUGGGAGAGACUUAAUGAGGGGUUUUUAUGAGGGAACCCCGAUCCCUGGGGAAAGUAGUUUAUCCUUGGGGCACAGUGGCAGGGGCUCAUUCAGAAUAGUGAUUAAAUGUCAGGUGUGACAUUCAAACACCUGGUUCCUAACACUGGAGCACAGCACAGGUGGAGGUCAGAAAUACCCCCCCCCCAGCAACUGAAGGAAGUAUGGCUCACACUAGGAGCCCACACAAGCGGUUAUAGCCACUAGUGAGAGGGCAUGAGUAGCAGGAAGCUAAGGAUUGAGUAAGACAGUAGGGAACGGUGGGAGCCAGCAGUUACAAAGCUUUACUCACCUGGAUGGGCUUGUUAAAACAGAUGACCAGCCCCACUCCCAGCAUUCUGACUCAAUAGGUCCGGGAUGGAAACCAAGAAUCUGCACGUCUAACUAGUUCCCAGAGCUAACAGGUUCCCAGAUCAUGGUGACACUGUCUGUCUGGGGACAGACAUUUGGAUGAGGCAUCUAAGCGGAGGAGAAGCUGGAGGAGCUGAAAAGCAUCCCAGGAUCCUCAAGGAACACAGAAACAAGAAGGGAAAUGGUGGGGAGAGAGGACCCAGGUCCAGGCUUGAAGGGCUUUAACUUUGGGUCCAAGAACGGAAACAUCACUGGUAACUGGCCAGAGGCAUCUGAAAGGGCAACAGAGACAGCAGAAGGCCGUUUGGGGACCCCUGAGAAGGCAGUGGGGAGCUGCAGCUGAACGGGCUUCAGCAGAAAGGACUCCCUUGUAAGACUCACAAGGCAAGACCAGCUAGGGGAGAAAGUGGAGCCUAUACUUGCAGGUGUCUGCUGUCUGCCACCUGUCCUCCCAGGACAGGGAACCCUGGAGAUACACACUCCUAUCCCGCCUCCACUGCAUCCUGGUCUUGUCCCAGUCAUCUUGGGAUGGUGAGGGGGACAGUGACAUACAAGGCAUGGCAAGGGACCUGAAGCUGGCUGGCCCCCUGGAGCUAUGUGUAGCCCAAGUGAAUAUGUCCUCUGAUGGGACUGGUUCAAACCUUGGCCCUGGCUACACCCAUCCCUGCCCUUGAAUAAAAAGUCUGCUGCUCUGUCUCAGGCUAAGAAGCCGGCAUCCAACAUGGGGGGGGGGGGGCACUGUGCCUCCCUCCUAGUGCCCAGCUCAGCGUGGGUCCAUUCAGAGAGGACUCAAGCUGUCUGUUGCUUCUCCUUCUGUCUAGCCAUGGACUCAGGUUUCGGGACCAGCUGGGUCACUCUGAAAGAUGAGGUCCGUGAGCAUGUGUCUGCCGGGGUCCCACGUACACAUAUUGGACCCGAGCACAGGGAGCGAGCAGGGUUUGAAUUCAGAGAAAAAUGUGGAGUCUAGACUAGAGGGGUGCGGGGCUUGGCACCCACAUACAAAGCACUGGAAUAGAGACAUUGAAGCUUGUCCCUGGGAGUCACUCAGGGCACCGUUGUCCAGGGCACAGAUAGGAGACCUGUGUUCUAGCACCAAUGCUGAUUGUCACUAAUUACCUCUGUGACUCUCAGCAAGACACAUUACUUCUCUGGGCCUCCGUGUCCCUAUCUGUUAAAAAAAAAAUGGUAUGUGGCAAACUCGAUAAUGCUCAAUAAAUUUUUCAAUUACUGAAUGAAAAAA